CAUCUCGCCCAUCAGCCAAAGCCCAACACCACAAAAACCAAAAUGUUUCCCACGCGAGCUCUCCUCUCCCGCUCGGUCUGGAAGGGCCCGAACAUCGUCCCUCUCCCUCUCCCCCGCAAACUCCCCGCUCCGCCAGGAACACCACCGAUCAAGACGCAGAAGCGCGGCGCCACGAUCCUGCCUAACUUCGUGGGAUUGAAGUUCCAGGUCCACAAUGGGAAGAUUUAUCAGGAUGUUGUGAUCACGGAGGAGAUGGUCGGCAGGAAGUUGGGGGAGUUUGUUGCGACUCGGAAGAGGUUCACGUAUAAGCAGUCGAAGAACAAAUGAUUGCUUUUCGGGUUGUGUGUUUGUCUGGCUGGCUGGCUGGGUGGUCUGUUUUAUUCUAUAUGCAGUGCAGCGGGUGUCUCUACUGAGUCCCUUCUGCGCGUAGCUGAAUUGUCAGCAUAAGAGGAAUAGCAGGCAGGCAGACAGACAAGGCAGAUGGGCACACAGGUGGUGAUUUCAUAUUGCAUGGCUAGGUUCUUUUCUUAUAUCUCGGGCGUUAUAUCCAGUUCCUUACUGCUAUUCUUCCACCAAUGUAUAUCUACGUGUUGCAUGUAAACUACUAGACGGACCAUAAAAUCAACAGGUCAAAGGACUUCUCAACACAGAACAUCAAGUCGC